AUGGUGGCGGUGAAGGUUACGAUGCAUAUCGGUAAACAAACUGAAAGGGUGACGUACCUGGAGUGUGUUGUUUGUACAGGUAUAGAGACGAGGUUGGUGACGCACCUGGAGUGUGUUGUUUGUACAGGUAUAGAGACGAGGUUGGUGACGUACCUGGAGUGUGUUGUUUGUACAGGUAUAGAGACGAGGUUGGUGACGUACCUGGAGUGUGUUGUUUGUACAGGUAUAGAGACGAGGUUGGUGACGUACCUGGAGUGUGUUGUUUGUACAGGUAUAGAGACGAGGUUGGUGACGUACCUGGAGUGUGUUGUUUGUACAGGUAUAGAGACGAGGUUGGUGACGUACCUGGAGUGUGUUGUUCGUACAGGUAUAGAGACGAGGUACCUGGACUGUGUUGUUUGUACAGGUAUAGAGACGAGGUUGGUGACGUACCUGGAGUGUGUUGUUUGUACAGGUAUAGAGACGAGGUUGGUGACGUACCUGGACUGUGUUGUUUGUACAGGUAUAGAGACGAGGUUGGUGACGUACCUGGAGUGUGUUGUUUGUACAGGUAUAGAGACGAGGUUGGUGACGUACCUGGAGUGUGUUGUUUGUACAGGUAUAGAGACGAGGUUGGUGACGUACCUGGAGUGUGUUGUUUGUACAGGUAUAGAGACGAGGUUGGUGACGUACCUGGAGUGUGUUGUUUGUACAGGUAUAGAGACGAGGUUGGUGACGCACCUGGAGUGUGUUGUUUGUACAGGUAUAGAGACGAGGUUGGUGACGUACUGUCACCUGGAGUGUGUUGUUUGUACAGGUAUAGAGACGAGGUUGGUGACGUACUGUCACCUGGAGUGUGUUGUUUGUACAGGUAUAGAGACGAGGUUGGUGACGUACUGUCACCUGGAGUGUGUUGUUUGUACAGGUAUAGAGACGAGGUUGGUGACGCACCUGGAGUGUGUUGUUUGUACAGGUAUAGAGACGAGGUUGGUGACGCACCUGGAGUGUGUUGUUUGUACAGGUAUAGAGACGAGGUUGGUGACGUACUGUCACCUGGAGUGUGUUGUUUGUACAGGUAUAGAGACGAGGUUGGUGACGUACUGUCACCUGGAGUGUGUUGUUUGUACAGGUAUAGAGACGAGGUUGGUGACGUACUGUCACCUGGAGUGUGUUGUUUGUACAGGUAUAGAGACGAGGUUGGUGACGUACCUGGAGUGUGUUGUUUGUACAGGUAUAGAGACGAGGUUGGUGACGUAG